AUGUUCCAACCACUGCGCGGCCACUCGCGUUUCUCGAGCGCGACCGACACCAUCUGCAUCGGCAGCGGCCGCUUCCUCCGGUCGGUGCUCGUGCCAACGAUUCGAGCAGCUGGUGGCGCUGUUGUGGUGGCCCAGACACGCGGACACAGCUUUGUCCGCGCGUGUGAGGAGGCGCAAGGAACGUACGAAGUGGACGUCGUUCGAGUCGAUGGCAGUGUCGAGACGGAGGAGAUUGAGGUCGAAGCUGUGGGUUCGCUGGGAGAAGCGGACGGCCGCGCGGCGUUGAUGCAGCUGCCAGCUCAGCUACCGAAGCUCAAGUACAUUGGCUUUGGCGUGACCGAGAGCGGCCUUGUCGAGGGAGGGGCUGCCAUUGUCGACCUGACCGAGCUGCUGUAUCGCUGUUUCGAGAGGCGACCGAACAACGUCAUCUCGGUGAUCAAUACGGACAAUUUGCCCAAGAAUGGAGAUCUGAUCAAGAAGUUGGUGCUCGAGACGACGUGGGAAGGCCAACCGAGCGACGUCACUUCGUUUCGCGCGUACGUAUCGUCCAAGGUGCAUUUUCACAAUACGAUGGUCGACCGCUUGACGUCUCACCGGCCUGGAAACGCACUGGUGCCUCUGUCGGAGCCAUGGCCGACCAAGACACUAGUGAUCGAAGAUAUUAAGCAUGUGCUGGAUGCCAAGGCACUGAGUGCAUUGCCGGGCGUGCACAUCCAUACGACCGCAGGUCUGUUGGAGCAAGACCACUUGAUUAAGCUCAGCAUUGCAAAUGCUGUGCAUACGGCGAUGGUGUAUCUUCUGGCUUUGACACGUGUGAAGAACACGAGCGGCGUGUUGGAAUACCCGCAGGUUCGUCAGUUCAUGGAUCUCUUGUACGCCAAGGACAUUGCCCCAUCCCUUAUGCUGCGCGGCAUCAGCAACGAAAAGGCUCAGCAUGCAUAUGACGAGUGGAUGAGUCGCGUGGAGCACAGACACUUUGGCUUGGAUACUUUCUGGGUUGGUCAGAACGCCAUGCUGAAGUAUGGCGUACGACUAUUUAGCUCUGUAGAGGCCAACAUAGCGAAGGAUCCGACGUACCGCCCAAGCGUAUUCAUGGCAUAUGCCACUGCCGUAAUUCUACGCUACUUGACUCCAACGCAGGCGGACUCGAGAAAGGAGAGUGGCACCGGCCCAGACAUUUUUGUAGGUAAUAUGGACUCGAUUCGAAGUUGCAGGCCCAUUUACUCCACAAGUGAAAAGACAUGGGUGUACGCGAACGGGUUGAGCGCUAACGUCUCCACGGGCAAGUACGAGUUUAUGGAUGGUGAGAAGGGCACGACGCCGAAGACUCUGUGGCGAGCUAGUCAGCAUGUUGUCGAAGCCAGCAAGGGCUGCAGCCAUGACUUUUACAAGUCUGGACGCGCAGAGUCUUCUUCGGAGGUUUCUAGCGGUGUUGGUGUGGCCGUUGCCAGCGUCCUCAGCUCAGUCAAAGGCUUCGAUAUCACGAACGACGCAUGCGCUUCGUUUGCCGCUGAUGUUGCUGCUUUGUACCAGCGUCUCGUAUGCGGGAAGCAAACUGCUCUCGAAACCCUCGACGACGUGCUUCGCAACCACCACACUAGUGAAUACCUCAGUACCAAGGACGAGGUAGGGGCAUUUGUGCGCGAGGCCGUUUCCAGCGUCCAGAUCAUUGACAUGCACACGCACCUGUUUCCUCCUAGCCACGGCAAGCUCAUGCUGUGGGGCAUCAAUGAGCUGUUGACCUACCACUACCUCGUGGCUGAGUUCCUACAAACGGCACCUAUGCAAGUGGAAGAAUUUAAUUCGUGCACAAAGGAGCAGCAAGCUGGUCUCGUCUGGCAGCACCUGUUCGUGGACCGCUCUCCUGUGUCGGAGGCUUGCCGUGGAGUACUGACGACGCUGCACUUGUUGGGUCUGGACCACCUUGUGGCGAGACGCGACCUGUCUGCUAUCCAGAAAUGGUUCAAGCAUCAGGAUGCCGAGGAGUACGUAGACACGGUGUUCCGCCUAGCUGGUCUCAAGUACGCGGUGAUGACAAACAUCCCGUUUGAACCGGAGGAGGCCCGACACUGGCUGGUUAAUCCAGCCACAAGCACGCCGCCGCCUGCAUGGUCGCGCAAAUACUUCCGUUCGGCUCUGCGGGUAGACCAGGCCCUGCUCGGCGAUUGGGCGUCCAUCAGCCCGACGCUAGACGUGUUCAAGCUACCACAUACGCUCGCGGGUGUGCGUUUGCUUCUGGAGAAGUGGAUCGACAUAAUGAAGCCCGAGUACUUCAUGGCUAGCGUGCCCAUUUCCUUCAAGUACCCGGAGGAGAAUGCGUCUGCUUCUGCUGGUACAAAUGAGCUACCAAAUGGUGCGGAAUUGCUGCUGCAAGUGCUACUGCCGCUGGCUGAAGAGAAGAAGCUGCCGAUUGCGCUAAAGUUUGACAGCGUGCGUCCGAUUAAUGCUCGCUAUGGUGUGGCCGGCGACGGAGUGAAGCCGAGCAACGUGGACAUUUUGAUCAAGUUGUGCCGUAACUUCCCCAAGGUAAAGUUUCUGGCCACGUUCCUCUCGCGCGUGAACCAGCACGAAGUGACCGUGGCGGCCAACAAGUUCCGGAACCUGCAUCUGUAUGGCUGCUGGUGGUACUGCAACAACCCGUCGAUCAUUGAAGAGCUCACGCGGAUGCGUAUCGAGAUCCUGGGCACGGCGUUCACGAGCCAGCACUCGGACGCGCGUGUACUGGACCAGCUCAUUUACAAGUGGAGCCACUCGCGCGAUGUGAUCGGCAAAGUGCUCGUGGACAUGUACGAGAAGCUCUUCGCAACGGGCUGGAAGAUGUCCAAGAGCGACAUCCAGCGCGACUUGCAGAGGUUGUUUGGCCAGAGCUACGAGGAGUUCAUGGCAAAGAGCAUGUGA